UGGCUGGGAAUUCGUAUUUCGUGAGAGACCAUGGAUGUGUUCGACGAUUUCCACCGUUGUGCUUCAUGUGUGCAGCCUAAUCGCACCUGCCGAACAUGUGUCCUUCGCGACCGUUGGCGACAGAACUUCACAUCCGCGCGUGCAGGCGACGGUGAGGUAAGUUUUCUUCCGAUUCCUUCUUCCCACCCUGUUCAUCUUCUUCAUCCCCUGCCAUCGCCACGCCAGACCAGACCGCCGGGCCUUGCCAGCCGCCAAUGGAGCAACGACGACGUGAACUCGCCCACCUCGUUGGGUGGGCGAGGUUUGAACUCGCGGCUAACGAUGUCCUCCCAGGUGAACGGCACUUCGCCCACAUCUCCAACCUCGCCGCCUACCUCCUCGCCCUCGAGAUGGCCGGCGACAUCCCCGAGGCAGUGCGCCAACUGCGGGAGCUCCGUCUCCACGAGGCCGACAACGCAACCAUGUGUCGCCUCUUCUGCUCCGUCUCGCGCGUCCACGAAGAGAUAAAGCGCUACCUGGAGGGCCUGCAGUCGCCACAACAGACCACAGAGCGCGCAAUGCCCGAGAUCCAGACCAUCAACAUGCAGAUGCGGACGUACCGCGAGAACUUGAGAGAACAUGGCCAACAAGCCCGAGAGCUCAAUGUCCCAGCCCAUCACGGCCAGCACAACCCAUUUAAGCUGGAGAUCCAAGUCGUCCACACGCAGCUCGAGAGAUUCAGAGACAUCUUCACCACCCUCGCAGCAACAUUGGAAUUGCUGUCGAUGACCUUUUGCGAACAGCUGUACCACCCAGCGCUUGCCAGCCUCGAGGACGGAGAGUUGUUGACCGUCAAAGGUGCUCUAGACUUCAUGAACAUGCGCAUGGAAAUCCUGUAUGACACCGCGCAGAACGACAAGGCAUGCACGCAGCAGAAGAUUGAAGUGUGCGACCACUUGUUCAAGAAGGCUGCCGACGAGCGCGCUGCCCGUCAACAACAAAAGUCUGCAGCGAGCAGCACUACUGCCAAGACGGCCGAGAUCACGCACAAGACACCACAGAACUCUGCCGAGCAUGAAGCACAGCGAGUCGAGGCACUCCGGACUGAGCUGAAAGAGACACUGCCUGCUCCCAAGACUGCUUAUCGUCGCAGACCUCCGGCGCUCAAGCCCGCAACCAGAGACGCGUCGAGAAUUCCUACUCCAGACCUAGCAACUCGCGCUCAACAAGACGACGAAGAGUUUCCGGCCGCGAGCCAAGCACCAAGUAUUCAAUAUGGCGCCCCUUCCAACUACUCUGGCAUUCUGAGCGCGCCAUUGCCACCAGCCAACGCCAUGAUGUCGUUUAGUGCAGUAGAAGAACAAGUACACAGACGCGGCCAACACAACCGGGCUGCCACGAUCGAGCCGAGCAACUACAUCGCCGAAGAGGGCAUCGCAGGUCCGCCUCAGCUGGGAUCCGUUGUCAGAACCAGACGCAGCGGGCAGAGUCGGCCGCGCAUCUUCACCGGCUCAUUCAACGCGCUGGAGAAUGGCAUGCAGCAACUGCACCUUGUCGAGAAUUACGGCACCACGACCCGCGAAGCGACAGAGCGUACAGGCAGGCAUGGACCUAUCGUUGUUCGUGACUUUGCGACACCCUCCGGAUCAGGCACGCCAGUCACUAGCAUUCCACCAAGCCCAGUCACUCUGUCGCACCGUCACGAUGCCAGACUUGGCCGCGAGCACGAGAACCAGGAUCGUGUCGUUGACCGUCGUCCGCGCCCAGAGCCCCCCCGGCAGGAACAACAACGACCGGCCACGCAGCAGUUCUAG